AACACAGGCUAACGUUAUUUAUUUAGGCAUAUUCUAGAAAGAUUAAUAUUAAAUUGCUUUCACCAAAAGUCUUGAGCUGCUCUGAAUUACUUGGUUGCGGCGUUUAUUUUUUCCAUAAUCCGAAAAGCUCUGGCUCGGCCGCUUAUUAUACACAACAUCACGCAUAAAAACUUCCUUCCCAAGCACGCGAAACCACUGUUUCUAACAGACGUCGAAGAGGCAAUGUCAGAGUAGCGAAGUCAGGAAAAGCUGGGCUCUAGUGAUCCACGUUCGAUCGAAAGUAACAGAGUGACUCGUCCUAGUUUUUAUCACAGUCAACUACCGCAGUCGUAAACGACGGCCAGAAAGCAGCUCUUACGAAUACUGGGUCGACUAAGCCGCUGAAUGGGAAGACCCAUUCACAGCAGCUAGAGCUGAGAUCCGAGAAUACAAUGGGGAUCGCUAUUUCCCGGAAAAAGAGGUGGACGCCUAAGGUGGAACAAAAUGAGGUGAGCCAGGUACGUGCAGAAACUGAAGCAUCCUCUCAGAGACAAAACGAGGAAGAAGAGGCUUUAGAGACGAGAGAGUGUGACGAUCACGAGGAAGAAAUAUCAGAACAUGAGGAUGAAAACAAAGACGACAGUGACAAUGAAGACAAAUCCGACGAAGGAGAGGAAAACGACGACCAGGAUCAAGAAGAUGAACAACAAGAGGAGGAAAAUGACCCUGAAAAUGAAGAAGAUGAUGUCGUAGAUGAUUCCGAUGAGGAGAAAAAUGGUGAAAAUGAUAAUAACAUAGAUACUGGAAACGUUCCCAGUUACAGUCAGAAGCUCAAAAAUGCCCUGAUUGGUGAUCUGGACGGUGAAUUCCCAGAGAACGUGAAAGUUGUUCGAAUCUUCACAAGUUCCACUUUCACUGACACAUCCGUGGAGCGUAACACAUUGAUGGAGCGAGUGUACCCCCGACUCAAGUCCUACUGUCAAGAGAGGGGCUAUGACUUUCAAGUGGUCGACAUGAGAUGGGGAGUCCGGGACGAGUCCACGGAUGAUCACAUGACCACUGAGCUGUGCAUGAGGGAGUUGCGUGCAUGUCAAAGGCUCUCAACUGGACCUAACUUCAUUACCUUUCUAGGACAAAAGUAUGGUUACAGACCCUUUCCCGCAAAGAUUGUCGCCUCAGAGUUUGAAAAGCUCCUUGGAGCAGUUGAAAGCAAUGACGAUCUCCAACUGCUGAAACACUGGUUCUGGAGAGAUGAUAACUCAGUUCCCGCCGAAUAUAUGUUGCAGCCAAUCACAUCACUGCUGCCUCAUUACCGGGACUAUGCGAACGACGAGUUACGUAAGAAGGCUUCUUCUGAUUGGUGGACGGCGUUUGAAAGAAUGCAAAUGGUUUUGAGGUUGGCCGCUGCUAAGGCUCUGGACAAGAAAGAACGACAUAAGUACUACAUGUCAGUAACCGAGGACGAAAUCCGGCGUGGCAUCAUCAACGCAGCUAAUCCUUCCAAACAUUGCUUCUGGUUCAAACGAGUCAUUUCAGAUCUUUAUGCAAACGUCGACAGAAAAAACGCUGGGAAAUUCAUAGACAAGACAUGGGGAGCUAAUUCAUCUGUUGAUGAUACUGCGCAGAAACUGCUCAACGUUCUCCGAGAAGAAGACAUCCCGCAAACCUUGCCGAGCGCAAACAUCGUAAAUUAUGACAUUAAAUGGACUGACAAUGGAAUCGAUCCCUCGGCGUCGCCAGAGCACGCAGACUACAUAGAGCAGCUGUGCAAAGACUUUUUCGGCACCUUGACUCAAAUGAUUGAAAACGGCAUUCAGGAGAAGGAGACAUCUGAUUCAAGAGAUGCAUUUGCAGAGGAACUUUUCCAGCAUGCCUCAUUUUGCCAGAAGAAGAGUAAAUCAUUUUACGGUCGUAAAGAGUUCCUGGAAGCCUCAAAGAAUAUUUUGCUAAAUCAUGACAAGCACGGUGUUGUGCUCCAUGGAGAAUCGGGCUGUGGAAAGACCUCAAUCAUGGCCAAAAUCACAAGCGAAGUGAAAAAGUGGGUCGAAGACGAAUCUGCCAUUGUCGUAGUGCGAUUCAUUGGCACGUCACCGGAUUCAUCUGGCAUCAGACCUCUCCUAAGUAGCAUAUGUCUUCAGCUGUGCAAAGCUACUGGACAGAACACUGCAGACGUUCCGGAGGACAUGAAAUCCUUAAAAGACUACUUUCAAGAAUGCCUGGAAAAAUCGGCUGAAAAUCAACCAGUUGUUUUGGUUUUGGAUUCGUUGGACCAGCUUUCUCUCGAUGACGGCGGUCGGCAGAUGGACUGGUAUCCAAGACAAUUGCCAAGCGACGUGUACGCCAUCCUUUCAACGCUACCUGGCGAGGAAUAUCAGGCGUUGCCUAGUUUGAGAACUAUCUUGCCAGAUGAAUGUUUCAUGGAAGUACCAAGGAUUCCCCUCAAUGAGGCAGAUGUCAUCCUUGACAACUGGUUAAAGACAGCUAAUCGGACCAUCCUUCCAAGACAGAAAAGCUACAUCAUGGAAGCAUUUCAAAAGUGCCCGCUUCCCCUUUACCUCAAGCUAGCCUUUGAUGAAGCUCUGCGCUGGAAAUCGUUCACCCCUGCCUCCGACAUGUAUCUUGAGCCAACUGUGCGAGAGAUCAUCGAUGACAUGUUUGGCCGACUGGAACGACGACACGGAAAAGUACUGGUGAGCCACGCAUUGGCGUACGUUACUGCAUCUAAGAAUGGUUUGACAGAGCCCGAGUUAGAAGAUCUCCUUUCAUUAGACGACGACGUCCUGAAUGACGUCUACCAGUACUGGACACCGCCAGUCAGAAGACUUCCACCCUUGCUGUGGAUUCGCAUUCGGUCUGAUAUCGGAGACUACUUGAUCGAGCGAGGGGCAGAUGGCACCCAAGUGGUAUUCUGGUAUCAUCGUCAGUUCAUCGAGGCCGCACGGGAGCGAUACCUGAGCGAAGAGCAGUCCAUGAAGAUUCACACGAACAUGAGUGAGUACUUUCUUGGCAAGUGGUCUGGGGGAGUGAAGAAGCCAUUUGUUAAUAAAGAAGGAAAGGAGAUGUCCAUGGACAGGUUGGUACCAAAGCAACCGUUGAUGUUCGACUCGCGUAAAGACAAAGUGAUUUACAACCUUCGCAAGUUGAGCGAACUGCCAUUUCACUUGUUACAUUCCGGAAAAUUUGAUAUGAUGAGAGAAGAAUGUCUUUGCAACUUCGAGUUUCUUUCGGCGAAACUCCAAGGAACAUCUUUACAAUUGCUUAUGGGUGACUUUUCAUCUUAUCUCGAGGUAAAACCAAACGAUGGCGAUGUGGAACUCCUCAACGAAUGUUUGCAACUCUCCGCUCAUUCGCUUUCCAAGGACAGCAGGCAACUUCCCACUCAGCUGAUUGGCCGAAUGUACAACUUUCUGCAGCGACAAGAACAGUAUCCGGACGUUCACAACGUUUUGAGGCAGGCAUUAAAUUCCUCCACCCCUUGUUUUCUUCCAAACAGAAAAUGUCUGACAGCACCUGGUGGAGCUUUACGUUCUGCAAUUGGCUUGACCCAGUUAGGUAGUGACGUGGUAAGCAUUGCUAAAGACAAUCGCACUAUUGCAGUAUCAAGUCAGACCUCGGAAGGAUUGGUCAUCAGAAUCAUUGAUUAUGUCACUGGAAGAGAAGUGCGAAAGUUUACCAUCACAGAACCGGUCGAUAUGUACUGUGUAAAUUUCAACCAGAUAAGUCAGAAGAGUACUGAUUUGCUGUUGCUCGCUGGAUCGCCCAAGAUUUUCCUGCUCAACACACUGACUGGGCAAAUAAUUCAAGAGUUCCAAGUAUCCGAUGAUGAAUGGUUUUCAUAUAACCCCCAAGCCCCAGUGUCGUUUGCUGACGAUGAAAGCAAACUGGUUGCUAUCUGUCCUGACGCAUUGAAGGUCUGGCAAGUAGAGAAUGGUAAACUGCUUCACAAAUUACAACUGAAAGAUGUAAACACCGAAGACGAACUUGGUACGCUGGAUGCACGUGGAAGCCACGCUGUUUACAAUCUGAGAGGGAAAAGCACGGUGCACUUUAUCGAUGUGAGAAUUGGGAAAGAAGUUAGGAAGAUUACCAUUUCCUAUCCCAAAAGCAAGGAUGGUCAAAAAGUCUUUAUCAAGGAAAUCAAAAUAACCUCCUUAGACCAAGUGGCUGUGAUCCCAUCUUCAUUUGAUAAUCUGCGAUUGUACGAUCUUUCUGGUAGUCUAAUUCGUGAACUGACCAAUUUCAAGAUGCAGCAAGGUCUUCAUCGAAUGCAGAUUACUGAUGACGGCACGAAGGUUGUGACUGCCGAUAUGUUUGAAAUCUGCAUUUUGAAUCUGGAGACCAGACAAAUCGAGAGGUGCCUUAGGAGUCCAAUUUUUCGAUUACGUCUCUAUACACGCGAUGGUGUCAACAUCUUGGCAAUCGGGCAAGACAACAUCCUUCGAGUCUACGACAAACGUCGAGAAGAUGAAGAUGAAAAUCAGAAGGACAUCGUGGUAACCGAGAUUCAGGGCAACUCGAUAGCAGAUCAAAUAACAGCUAUCUCGCCUAGUUUUGAUCAGCGCCACGUUCUCUCCAUAGCUGUUAUUCAGCUUAGAAACGAGAUCCAUGUAUGGGAUGCACUGAGUGGUAAACGAGUGCGUCGACUGAUGAACAUGAUGAUGUUCCCCAAUCCCAUUCGCAUGUGCACCUCCACCCGUGGUGUCGGCUUCAUCUUCGACCAGAACUUUCCACACUACAAAGUCUUCAACUUUGCUGAGGGAAGGAUCGAGAGGAAUUUGGAAGGAAAGGCAUGCAAACGGAUGAAUGCUUUCGGAUUCAUCGAUCAGAAGCACAUGAUUUCAUUUUCAAGAGGGAGACGAUUUGUCAAAGUGUGGGAUGUUGACAGCGGAAAAGUAGUGAACGUGGUGAAGUUCAAAGAAAAGCGCCGAUUUGAAGAGAUGCUAAUUAGCAGUAACGGUAAAAUGGCCUUGUGUUCACAGGCAAGCCAAAUGACCCAGCACAAGGACAAAGAACUGCAUUUGGUUGCCAUCGACACAACCAGCUUCAGCCAUAAGAUUUUGAAGUACGAAGGCGAGCAGUUGACCCUGUUCAAUGCACGAAUAUCCGACGAUGGCAAAUAUCUUGUGAAUUUAGUUCAAUAUUCGCAGCCUCUUCUUUGGGAUCUACAUACUGGCCAGCUCAUACGGAAGCUAUUCGACCCAGACGCGUACGAAAUAGCCAGCACGGUUGCAGUCUCUGGAGCUUCAAUGAUAGCUAUAACUGGAACAGGCGACGAGAGCAUCAAAAUCUGGAGCAUCGAAAGUCGACAGGUUCUGCUUACCAUCUCUUCUCCACCCGUAUCUGAGCUUUAUCUCUCGCAAGAUGGAGAGGUGAUCAUUUCCAGAUCCGAGGACCAGAAAAGCUUUGACGCGUGGGAGACAAAGACAGGGAAGAAAUUGGCCUCUUUCAUGACAGAUGGUUACCCAAAUCACGUGAAAGCUAUUGGAGACAAGCUCGCUCUGGGGUUGGGAGAAAACCCAAACCUGAUGAUUUUGCAUUUACACCGUCCUGGAAAGAAACACAAGGUUCUUGAAGAAGAUUUAAAGUCUCCAUACGAUGGUUUGGCCAUCGAAGCAGUUGUAGAGGACUCCCCAGAGAAACUGGUUGAUGAUAACAUGGAUACUGACAAAGAUGAUGAUGAUAGUCAUAUAGCUUAGACAUGCGCAAUGUACAUUUCAGUGGAAAUAACGCAAAAGCAUAGAACGCUACAAUAUUAACGAGGCAUUGAUCAUGAAUCUGCUAAGGAUCCGAAUCUAGUUAGUAACUAAGCAGCUUUGAAAUACUGUUAGUUCGUGAAAGCUAGAAUCGUGACACUGUCUUACUAUUAGAGACUAAAGCUUUGACACUACUUUUACAGUUAAAUUUAAAAAUUGCCUAUUACCAGUGAUAAGAACUAACUAACUAAACAAACUGGACCAAUGUUUACUUAGUGUUUUUCUAGUAAGCAUUUGUUAUGUCGUUUUCCGACAGUAGAUAGUUUUUUUGGUUUUUACUAUUACUCGUAUUGCUCAAUCAGUUCAAAACACGUAUAAGGCAAACGGCGAUGGUGAGAAGAAACUAGUUUUGGGCGCCCAUACUUAUAAGCUGUUUGCCUUGCUUUUACCUUUACUAAUUUGUACAUUUUAAAGAAAAUAUGAUCUUUAAAUCUGUAUGAACUUUUCUUUGCCUUCAGUGGCUAUUACCAGUUUUCUACUGGUCUGCACGUGACAGAAUGGCAAAAAACGCACCAAAAAUAAACAUACAGUUUGAUCUA